CCGGUUGCUUAUUACAGCAUUGCUCUGAUCGAAAGUCGGAAUAUGUUAAGAAAAUUAACAAAACUAUCGACCCUAAAGGUCAGAUGUGAACUCCGCGCCCUAUCCUCACUCACCCAAACAUCGCAACAUAUAUUCGACCGCAAUGCCAAGAGAUUACAGAAGGAAAGAGCCGCACUCAGCGAAGAUGUCGGACUUUACGAUUACUUAAAAGAGGAGAUCGGCUUCCGCCUGGCAGACAGAGUAUUCGACAUUAAGCGGGAAUUCAAGGCGGCGGCGGACAUCGGAUGCAGUCGCGGCUAUCUGUCCAGACACAUCCUGGCGGAGAGUGUGGAGCAGCUGACGCUCACGGACACCAGUGCCACGAUGCUGGAGCAGGCACAGGGCACUCCGGGUCUGAAAAUGGUGAAACUGGUUAAGGACGAGGAGCAGCUGGAUUUUGAGGACAAUUCACUCGAUCUGGUCAUCUCUAGCCUGAGUCUGCACUGGGUGAAUGAUCUGCCCGGCUGCUUUGCCAGAAUUAAGCAGAGUCUGAAACCGGAUGGCGUCUUUAUAGCGUCCAUGUUUGGCGGAGACACUCUGUACGAGUUGCGCUCCUCCCUUCAACUGGCCGAGCUGGAGCGCAAAGGUGGCAUAUCUCCGCACAUCUCGCCCUUCACUCAGAUUAGAGAUAUUGGUUCCCUGCUAAAUCGCGCCGGCUUUACCAUGCUGACCAUAGACACUGAUGAACUGGUCAUCGGUUAUCCCAGCAUGUUCGAACUGAUGUGGGAUCUCAAGGGUAUGGCAGAGAACAAUGCUGCAUUCAAUCGACCCGCUCACCUGAGUCGAGAAACGAUGCUCGCGGCCAGUGCCAUCUACCAGGAGUUGUAUGCAAAGCCCAACGAGAAGGGCAUACCUGCAACCUUCCAAAUCAUCUACUUUGUGGGCUGGAAACCCGGUCCCAAUCAGCCACAGCCUCUGGAAAGAGGAACCGGUGAGGUGUCGCUCAAGGAUCUAGGUUCGAUUAUCGAAAAGGGCGGCAAGCUGGACACCAAAGCGGGGGAUUAGCUUAGCUUCAGUUGACAAUUUUAUUUGGAGACGUUGUUGAACAUAAUUUAAAUGAAAAUAUACAUAAUUCCUUUUGCUGAGAAACUUAAA